AUGGAAUCCAACGGCGUUUUUGUGCAUAAUAUGCGCAAAGUCCCUACUGGCGAUCUGAUCAAACCUCACAGAACCACUAACGGUAUCGGCGUCCAGGCUGAAGAUACGCGCAUAUGCGUCGUCAUGGUCGGCUUGCCCGCCCGCGGCAAGAGUCUCAUUGCAACAAAGGUGGUCCGCUACCUACACUGGCUGUCCAUAAAAGCGAAGACCUUCAAUGUGGGUCAGUAUCGCCGCACCGCCACGCCCAAUCCGCCCGCCGAAUUCUUCGACCAGUCGAACCCCGAGGGAGAGCGGCUGCGGAAAGCUGCCGCCGAAGCCGCUGUGAAUGACAUGUGCAAGUGGUUCGCAGAGGGAAGGGGCUUGAUUGCAAUAUUGGAUGCCACCAACUCGACAAAGGCUCGCCGACGGUGGAUACAGGAACGUUGUGACAAGGAAAACAUACACGCCUUGUUCGUCGAAUCAAAGUGUGACGACGAAGACUUGAUCAUGAGCAAUAUCCUCGAGGUCAAGACCACUUCGCCAGACUACAUUGGACAGGAUCCCGAGGUGGCUGCUGCCGAUUUCCGCAACCGCAUCCGGAAUUACGAAAAGGUGUACCAGACGAUUGAUGAGGACGAGGCCGAUCUUACCUAUGUCAAGCUGAUCGAUGUCGGAAAGCAAGUCAUCAUCAACAAGAUUCAGGACUACCUCCAGAGUCGGGUCGUUUACUACUUGAUGAACCUACAUAUCAAGCCAAGGUCCAUCUGGUUAUCAAGACACGGCGAAUCCCAGUACAACCUUACCGGCAAGAUAGGAGGAGAUGCCGAUCUCUCCGAACGUGGCGAAGCCUAUGCGCAUGCUUUGCCAGGGCUGGUCGCCAAAUCAGUUGGCGAUGGGCGCAAACUGACCGUGUGGACCUCGACCCUGAAGCGGACAAUCCAAACUGCACGCUUCCUUCCCUUCGAGAAACUCGAGUGGAAAGCCCUCGAUGAGCUGGACUCUGGUGUUUGCGACGGCCUCACCUACGCCGAGAUAGAGGAGCAGUAUCCCGAAGAUUUCAGGCAGCGCGACGAAGACAAGUACAACUACCGGUAUCUAGGCGGCGAAUCGUACCGGGACGUAGUCAUCCGUCUGGAACCCAUCAUUAUGGAGCUGGAGCGGAGCGAGAAUAUCCUGAUUGUAACGCACCAGGCGAUCCUCCGCUGCAUAUACGCCUACUUCAUGAACGUACCGCAAGAACAAAGCCCCUGGAUGGAAGUUCCGCUGCAUACCCUAAUCAAGUUGACACCAAAGGCAUACUCCACCCAGGAAGAGAGACUCAAGGCCGAUAUUCCGGCGGUGAGUACCUGGCGAGGAAAGGGCAGCUCGGCAAAGCAUCAGGAGACUAAUGGGAGUGCAUAA